AUGAAUCCGGCGGAGCUUGAAUUUCUUUCAGAAGAGGAAGGAUUGACCAUAGUACCUAAGUUUAAACUUGAUGCUAUUAAGCUGCUCAAUACUACUAUUGGUCCUUUUUUCCCAAAUGUGCCAACUGUUGUCCCUCUUUGGGUUGCUCUUUUUCUGAGAGGGCAGCAAAAGUGUCGUAUUAUGCCACCAGCGUGGUUAACGUUAGAGAAGUUAAAUGAGUGUAAAGAAGCUGAAGAGAACGACUCUGGUUGUACUUCUCCUCCUCAUUCUCAAUAUAUUGAAAUUAGUACACUUCUUCUUCAACACGCGGCUGAAGAUAUACCGAAUCCUGAAAGUAUUCGCAACAUUGUUCGUGAUGUAUGGGAUAUUCGUGUUGGGAAAUUGUUAUCGUCUGUUAAUGGUUUCCUCUCUAGUGGAUCGUCGACAGCACGAGUUAGUCAAUUGACUAAUAUGGAAUUAACCACUUUACAUAAUCUUCUGGCUAAUUCAAUGGACCAGUUAUCUUUACUACGUCAGGCAACUUCACAAGCUGUAGAAUUCGGUGGUAGCGCAGUUAAUCGAACAUCAUUUUUGAAUUCAUCAUCUGUCGGAAACUAA